GAGCGAUUCCAAUUAUCCUCAACUUCGUUCACUUCUAUGCCCACCUCUCACCUAUCAGAGUUCUUUACUAUCUAUAUGAGAGACAAUUCUGAAUACCCUAUUGUGCGUCGAUAUCCUUCUUUUUGGCUUUCCCUUUCUCCUCUAUCGUCUUUCGUCCUAAUCCUAAUUUUUAAACCCCCGGACCCAAUCCUCUCCUUCGACCGCAAUUCCAUUUAUUUGACCUGAUACCCCUAGUCUCUCUCCCUCUUCUGUCUCAUUAUCUCUCUUCAAACCUCUUUUGGAUCGUAGCAAACAAACCCGAGGUCCUGACCACCCCCCCUUCGAUGUCGAACGCCAAAAACAACAAGACCCUUACUACCACUACCGACACCCUGAUCCAUACCACCCAGCCAAAGAACGAUUUGCGACGACGGCCCCGAGUUCAGAAUUAGAAAAAAAAAGCAGAAACAACUCCCCACGAUACGGCCACUCAGGUAGUCAACCUACGAGACCCCUAACCUUAUCCGCGACCAACUGCUACCCGGGUCCUAAGCUAAUACCCGUUCUUUUGAAGCAAUUUGGACCCUCCGUAUUCCGCUUGCCAUCGUCCGCACACUGCUGCGGGAAAAGCUAAGCCUGGACAGACUAGACGCGCCCCUGAUUGCCCCCUAAUGCGAUUGACCAAGUAGCCACGGCGCGACCGACCGCACCAAUGCCCUGGCAACCGCUGCCUCGUAUCGCCUUCGCUGUCGCGACCUACCCCUUCGAGACUACGCUCGAGAAUGAAUUACCCUUGGAGAUUGGCGACGACCUAUACAUCAUCGAAGAGACAUCUGACGGCAAAUGGCUGCGGGGAUAUUUGUUGGCCCCCCCCUCCUUGUUGGCCGGCCUAACCUCCGUCAAGGGCCAGACUCUUGAAGCUCGUGUCUUCUCCGGAAUCUUCCCGCGAAGUUGUGUCGAAGUGCGCGAGGUGUUGGGAGACGGUGACGAAAAUUCAGAAAAUGGUAGUGGUUAUCAAGCGGACGACGACCCCUUACACGUCGGGAGCGACUCCGGAAAGAGUGGCGUGGUCUCGAUUGCGAGGAAAUCGGCCCCCAAAGACCAACAGAAUGGAAGCAGACAUGAUAGAUCUAACAGUUCCGUGUUCGGUGGGGGCGCUGGUCAUGGUACUGAGCUCAGAGUGCGUGAACCGGGCGCGUCCAAGCCAGCUGCGCCGGUUCCCAUGCUCAGGCUGGGUGACGAGACGCCUACAUCUACUAUGGAGCCGUUGGUCGACGAAAUCGCCUCCUGUUUGCGUGAAUGGCAUUCAACCAACUUCCAUGAGCUUCUGUUGACCCGGCAGUAUGCCAAACUCGACAAGGUCUCCCAAUUGAUCCAAACACUGGACCUCUCGAGGCGUCAAUUCCUACACAACUUACUCACAACUCGUGAGUAUACAAUGCUCCGGGAGAAGACGGUCUGGGAUUUGGUAAAAGGAAAUAAAUUGUGCGGGGGGGAAGUCAUUGUGCGCGAUCCUGGAGAGCGAGGCAGAAUUCUUACCGGCGAUGAUUCCGUUGUAGAAAUCACCAAACUCCAGUCCGUGAUGAGUUUAUUGGACGAUCCCCCACAGCCACAUGUUGAGUUAUCGGCGUUGCACCACCUGAUGGUCGAUAUUAAGAGCUUCGCUGGCUCUUCUAACGAGCCUACAACACUGGUAUUAUAUCUCGUCAGCCGGUCGAUUGGGGGGACCCUGACAACGCUCUCGGAAAGCUACAUCAUCGAAGUGCCUUCCGGUGGUACAAUGGGCCACUUGACCCGGAAUCCCCAGAUGCGUACCCUCUUUACUGACCUUACUUCUGUUGACACUGGCGACGGGCCUUCCGCUGAUUCGGAGCUUUACCUGAUUGUGAAGGUGCGUUCUCCGCAACAGAUCUUCGUGGGUAAGCCUGUCUCAAGGUCAGGGUCGUUCGGCUCGCCCAACACACCGUUCUCAAAAGACAAACCACCAUCGUCUAGCGGCAACAAAACUUCCAGGAGAAGUUUGAUGUGGGGGACGACCAGGUCUGCGUUUUCUAGAGGGGGAACCAAGCUUGAUGCGUUGUCCGAACAACCUGAAGAGCGACCUGGAACAGGUGGUCUCGACAGCAGGGACGGAAGAAAGCCUCCUAGCACUGCCGGUUCUAGAGGACCACGACCGUCCGUGGAUGCGCCACAGCCCACGCAAAUGACAGUAGAAAGAAUGGUGGGCAUGGGUGUGCUCAGCUUGAACCCCAUAAUGAAACAAGACGAAGACGCAGAGCAUGUGGUUACCGUCUGGUCGCCGUCUACGAAAUUUUCCACUGAGAAAUACGAUAGUGCUGAAGGAUGGGAUGGCCUCGUCUGCGACCUUCUGGAGAGCAAGUCGGGACAUUACGAGAAAUCGAAAAGGGCUGAGCGGUUACAAAUUCAUCUAAAGUCCUUCAAUAGCCCCGAUGCAGACGCGCUCAUCAAGUCGACUCCUACCCUCCUUGCAGGCAUUAGCAAGACGAAUAAGAUGGGGUUUUCUGGUGCACCGACAAAGCCCAGGUCCGAUAUAUACGUGACUAUUACCGAAGCUCUCUUGGCACGUCAGAAUCUACUCUCACGAUUUGGAGCCAGCGCUACGGCUAUAUCUAGUAAUGUUCACGGUGGAAAUCUUACAGUCUCCGUGGAGGUCCGGCGCCAGUCGGGUGACCAGAUUGAAGAUUGCAUAUAUCCCUCUUCGAACUCGGAGCCGCUGACCACCUGGCGGUCAUUUGCUGUGGAGCGGGGUGAGCAAUGGGGCCAGACAAUACGGCUUUCACUUCUGCCUGCCGAUGUUAGCACGUCCCACGUCGUGUUCACAGUCUCGGAUCUUCCUAGUACCCCCUUCGCAAUUACGUACAUGCCGCUAUGGGAUCGUCAAGCAUUCUUGGGCGACGGUUUGCAUUCUCUGUCCCUCUAUAAGCUCGACGAAUUCACGCAGACUCCACAAGCCAGCCCCGGGGGUAGGGGCGGGUACCUAACCCUACCUUGGAGUGCCCGCACUGACUCUAGCGAGGUCACUGGCCCGCUUGCUACCCUUCGUGUUGAGACCUAUCUUUGCAGUACAAGGUUUUCCCAAGACAGGAUCAUCCUCGGGUUGUUGAAAUGGAAAGAGGGCCCCAGGGACGAAAUCCCGUCGUUAUUGAAACAACUUAUAUUUGUGCCCGAGAUCGAGGUGGUGAAGCUUCUGAGCGAUGUCUUGGAUGCCCUUUUCGGCAUCCUUGUCGAGUAUCAGGGUAAUGACGAAUAUGAGGACCUUGUUUUCACAGCGCUCGUAAGAGUUCUCGGCAUAGUCCAUGACCGUCGGUUCAAUUUAGGGCCGUUGGUUGACCACUAUGCGGAAAACAAGUUCAACUACCCUUUCGCAACGCCUUGCCUUGUUAGGUCAUUCACGAGGCUUCUGACCAAGCCGACAGAGUCAGAAACUGCGCGCAAGCUGCGAGCCACCCUCAAAGUUGUGCGCCACAUCCUCAAAUUCAUCACACAUGCCCGGGGUCAACAGAAGGUUAAGGAGGCGGAUAUUGGAAUUACGGGCAGUACUGCUGGCUUCACGCGGCAUCUCCAGAGCAUCUUCAAGGCUCUCGACUCGAUGAUGCGGAGUACUGCGCCAGUCCUAGUCGGAAGCCAGACUUUGGCAGUACAGCAUUUCCACACAUGGCUGCCCGAGCUCACCGGACUCCUGACGACCGAGGAAAUCCUACAUAUAGCCAUCGACUUCAUGGACUCGUGUGCCCUAGUCAAAGGCAAGCUGGUCCUGUACAAACUUGUGCUAAUCAUCAAUUAUUCUAAAUUGGACCUUUUUUCUGGCCCUGAGCAGAGGUCUGCUCUGAGUGCCAAUACUGUGAGAUGGAUAGCACCGCAUUGGGGUCGAACAGACAAUGUCACAGAACAAUGGAAGGAGCAGGUUCGCCUGUGCUGCUCGGUGCUCGCUAGCCAGGCCGACCGCCUUAAUUCAGAGAUCCCUGACUAUAUUCCGAAGAUCAUCGGCUCGUACUUGUCAAUCCAGGCCACCGAGCUGAAGCCCAAGACCCGGUUUUCGCUACUCUUUCCUACGACCUACCCGUUUCCUACCAAGUCGAUCCCUGGUGAGCCUGUCCAAUUUGACGAAGCUUUGGUUGAGUUAUCCGCCAUCCUUUCCACGCUCUCGAACUCACCGAGUGGCAUGCAGCUCGAGUUGGCUUCGGAAGACCUUACCACUCUCCUCAAAAACACCCUCCACGUACAUAUGAGCAUCUUACGAGGCGAAGCUUUCCCGUCGAGUUGGCUCAGUGUGUACAUAUACCACCACAAGUCCACAAUGAGAGGGUUACAGUAUCUUGCCAGCAUCCUCUUAGAAUCCUUUUUACCCGAUCCCGAUGAGGCGGAGGACUUCGACACGGAUCUCUGGCGACUAUUCUUCAGCACGCUCCUCAGGCUUGUGGGUAGUGGACAUCUAGCACUAGAAACGUUUUCGGAGCAGAAACGAAGGGCAGUUUGGAAGAUUGCUGGCGACGUAAGGGAGCAUGGUGCUGAGUUAUUGAGGCAAACAUGGGGAGCAAUAGGCUGGGAGACGAGCUCCGAUGAAAGGAAACGGUUUGGGCUGGCGAAAAUGGGCGGUUACCAGGUCCAGUACGUGCCUACUCUCGUUGGCCCCAUAGUCGAGCUUUGCUUGAGCGUCCACGAAGGUCUAAGGAGGAUGGCUGUCGAAGUCCUCCAAACAAUGAUCGUUAGUGAAUGGACAUUGAGCGAGGACUUGUCCGUCAUUCAGACUGAGAUGAUCGACUGUCUCGAUGGGUUCUUUAAGGAUCAGACUAUGACAGAGAGCAUCUUGCAGAAGCUUUUCAUCAACGAGCUUCUGGAACGGUUCGAUAAGCUCUCACUGAUCGAGGGUGAUUCCUUGCACGCUGCGCUGAAGGGGUUGAUUGGAACCGUUGCCGAAUUCCUGGAUCUCCUUGUCGCCGUCCACAGCGGAGACGUCACUAGCGAGGCGUCCCAUCUCAUCAACCGUUUGCAGCUCAUGGAGUUUCUUAGAGACAUGCAGAAGGAGGAGAUCUUUAUUCGAUAUGUUCACCAGCUGGCAACAUUGCAAUUUGAAGCUAGGAACCAUACCGAAGCGGGACUGGCUCUUCGCCUUCAUGCCGAGUUGUACGAUUGGGAUCCCACAAAACCGACUCCCGCUCUUCAAGAUCCUGACCUCCCGGAACAGUCUCACUUUGAUCGCAAGGAGCGUAUUUAUUUUGACAUGAUCAAGCACUUUGAAGACGGUGAGGCCUGGGGCAGCGCCCUUACCGCUUACAAGGAGUUACAGGCCCAAUACGAAAGCAAUAUUUUCGACUUCGCCAAGCUCGCGAGAACUGAAAGAGCCAUUGCAACUAUCUACGAGAAAUUGGCGAAGGGAGAUAAGCUUGUCCCCAAGUACUUCAAGGUCGUUUAUAAAGGCCUUGGCUUCCCAAUGAGCCUACGCGACAAGGCCUUCGUAUACGAGGGCUCGCCGACUGAGCGCACCUCAGCUUUCACAGACCGUAUGCAAGAGCAAUACCCAACUGCCCAGAUCCUCACGUCAAGCGAUGUAGAUAGCGAAGUCGAGGGCCAAUAUCUCGUUGUAUCAGCACUAAGCCCGCAUCGCGAUCUCGGCCACCAGGUGUUUCAGCGAGCUCGAGUCCCGCAGCCAAUUCGGGAUUACCUUCUUUCAGCUAACGCCCGCAUGUUUUCCGUAUCCUCUAAACGCUGUACUACGGGUCCUGUCGACACUCACUAUGCGGAAAAGACUGUCUACACCACAGCCGAGCCAUUUCCUACAAUUCUGCGCCGGAGUGAGAUCGUGGAGGUGCAUACCGUGCGAUUGGGCGCCAAGGAGACAGCCCUUGAGCGCAUUGUCCGAAAGACACAAGAAAUGACCACGGUUGAGAAGAGACUAGGUGAAGAUGACGACGAGGAGAUAACACAAUUGAUGGUCGACGCUAUCGCGAUCUCCGUCAAUCCCGUCUCGGAGAGCAGCGUGGCGUGCUACCGUCAACUCCUUCCAGCUCCCAAAUCUGAGGAGGAUGAAGAGGUAGAAUUGGACCAACAAGAUAAUGCGAUUAAGAUGGCGCUUGUCGACCACGCAAUUAUGAUUAAGAGAUGCCUGGCAAACUUUUCUCGUAGUACAAACCCAAUCCUCUUGAAGGGAUACGAGGAUUCAUAUAAACAUUUCUUAUCCACAUUCGCCCCCGAAAUCGCGUUUUUUUCACCCGCCCAACCGCAACCUGAUAAUCUUUCAGCCACACCAUCGCCGACUUGGUAUCGUUCGUCUCCUACGGUAGACAACCCGUCUCCGAACGCUAAGGCCGCUACUUCAGCUGCGAACGCGAACGGAAUGGUGGAAGAAGCAUCGGCAGCGCAACCAAUCUCAAUGAAGCAGCGUGGGACACGACUUAGCUUUCUAGGCGGCAAGAGGAAGGAUUAUCAGCAUUCGAAUGGUGACACGUUCAGCCCGAAGCAAGUCAAAGGUGACGGCGACUCAAACAGUCAACAAAACAAAGCCAAGGAUAAUCCAAAUCGAAUGAGCAUAUUCCGUAAGCAGUCGAGCGACAGCAAUACCAACUCAAAUCCGCACCCCCAGAUCUACCAAAACGGUAUCAUAGACCUGGCCAUGCCUGAUUGGGGGAUCGAUCGACCGCGGAAGAGCAAGGAAGUGGUUGACGUUCUUGAGAGAGAUCUCGAUAAGGCCAAUGACGGGGGGGUAGGCUUCGGGUCAGUCAAGAAAAGACUGAGCAUGCUGAAAUUAGGGAAAAAGCCGAGUAAGCCAAAUGGCUUCUUCAUGGCUGGAGUGAAUGAAGAAUAGCAUCAUGCCACCCUUGAGAAGGGACACGCAAUGGAUCUAUUCCCCAAGACGGUUCCUAAAUUGGCGGAAUAGCUUGGUGAGAAGCCUCGAUGGACAAGCCCGUGUUCUGGAUUAUCAUGCAUGAGCCAAAAAAAAAAGGGUUACGGAAGGCUCUAUUGUCAAUGCCACCCAUACAGCGUCAGGGUUUCCAUUGGGCUGUAUAUUCUUUUUCUCCUCUUGGCUUGCGGGCAUGUUUGUAGAGCUGUAUAUACAUUACGCCGGUGAAAGGGGGUCGGCUCGGACCGCCGAUGAGGAUUGUGCUGCACCCGAGAUACUACCUACCUGAACUGGCUCACUUAUCCCAGAGCCAUAAAUUCACUUGUUAGCAUUUUACUUCUACUUUUAUACGGGGUAAACAGAUAGGGCAGUCCGGUCCGACAUAAUUCGCUUAUGAAGGUGCAGUUGUCCAGGAGUGGUGGCUUAUUCAGGAUAAGGACAGCACCCGCUAUUAAUCUAAAUGUGAAAGGACAAUUGAGUAUUAUUUAGGGGACGGG